AUGAACCACGUUAGAAAUCCAGCUGGCACUAUCGUUGGCAGGUCCUCGAAAAUCAAAACCAGCCAGUCCUUACAUGAUCCGUUCAGAGACCCACCUAUUACCAAGUUCAUCCGGUCGUCAACUUUCUGGAAAACUUGGCCUGCCGUCUGUUUCUUCUUAUUGGAAGCUGGGAUUAUUGCACUUUACAACCGUCCGGCCAAGUCUCUUCAAUUGAGCUCUACAAUCCUGACAGUCUUGGGUACCGUCAUUGGUUUUGCGAUAUCUUAUCGAACGAGUAGUGCUUACGCCCAAUACAAUGAAGCAAGGAAGGCUUGGGGAACUGUGAUCCACCAUUCUCGAACAUUGUCCCGUUUGAUAUGGUUGCAUGUGCCCAACGAACUCACUCCCCAUACGACUAAAGAACCCGCUACUGAAGACGAGAAACUUCGUGCUAUGACGGAGAAGAAGACCAUGAUCAACUUGGUCCAAGCUUUUUCCGUCAGUCUGAAGCACUAUCUGAGAGGAGAGUAUGGAAUCUACUACGAGGACUUAUAUCACCUCCUUUGUAUACUUCCAAAAUACAAUCAGGUUGGACCAAAAUCAUUAUCCGGAGUUCCCCAGCUACCAGGAAAAUUCCGAUCGCAAGACUCAUCUUUCGUUGUAGAAGUGGAGAAGGCCUAUUCUAUUCUGAGUGAAGAUGGGGUUCCAAGACCAUCAAGUCUCUUCCAAGGUCCCACAGUUCAACCGGCUGAUCCCAUGAACCCGCCUAUGAAAUUGUUGCCUGGAUAUAACCCUCCUCGAAAGACAUUAAUUGAUCGUUUUCCAUUUCUUAGGGUGUUCAAGUCUUUGAUCAAGGGUUCCAAGAACGCUUGCGGAGUCAGACAAGCUUCUGACCGACGCUAUUGCCCUGGGGAAAAUAUACCAUUGGAAAUUUUGUGGCACAUGUCAAUUUAUUUAAGCACUCUGCAAGCUCGAAAGGUUAUUGAUGUUCCCACUACCAACACAUUCAACGCUACUUUAGUUGGUCUUUCAGAUGCGCUCACAAACGUCGAAAGAGUCCUCACAACCCCUAUACCGUUUGGUUAUCUGGUACAUCUGAAUACGAUCAUCUACGGCUAUCUUACUUUCCUGCCAUUUCAAUUAGUUGGGGCCUUCAAGAAGAUUGUUGUACCUGCCACAGCCUUGAUUGCAUUUGCAUUCUUAGGGUUCAUGAAGAUUGCCCAAGACAUUGAAAACCCAUUCGGAUACUCCUCAAAUGAUUUAGAUCUGGAUCAUUUUUGCAAUGAUAUCAUUUUGAGGGAGUUAAUGGAAUUAACUGCGAUCCCGCCUCUAGAUCCAAUGAACUACGUCAUGACUUCAAGCAACAUCCCCCUUUUUGAAAGCGGUUGUUUCCAAACCGCACCGGAAAUUUUGAAUUCCUUACUUCCGGCUGACUUGGAGUAUCUCUUAUCAGAACCUGUAAGAAUUAGGAAAGAAGAAAGCUCAACUAGCUCUGGUACUCCACCGCAACAAAUAAAAGUUCAAAACAAAAAUUAA